UUUGCUCAGUUCUCCAUUUUGUAUGUUUUUCCUUGAAGGUGAGCGCCUACUUUCCCAAGUGGCUAGCUGAGAAUUACCACAGCUCAGCCAGUUUAACGCAGUUUGCAUGACAAUUCACCGCUAGGUCGAAGUGGGAAGACUGAAAGCUGCUGAAACAGCGUCAUCUUGACGUGUUAUUUUGGGUUUAUGUAGCCAUGUAGCUUGGAUACGACGCGAGAGGAGUAACGUUAACGAACAUUGAGACAGUGACACUUUCAACCAAAACAAUGUUGACAGACGACCUGUGGACACACACCAACAACCAGUCAUUUCAAGGAUGGAUAAAGGUGGAGUGAAGAAGAUAACAUAUAGAAGAGAUGACCAUUUAAGCAAACUGGUCUACACUGAAAGCUCAGAGGAGGGAGGUCCGUUGAAAGUGGCUCCUCACAACGCUGUGUCCAUCACCACCACCUCUGUCGUUCUUCCAUCCAGCCCGUUAAUGCAGCCAGGACAGGUGCCUAACGGCCUCAGCAACAGCCCCCUUCCAGAGGAGCUCACCUCCGCCUCCUUCACUGCCACCGUAGGCCCCCUGCAGGGAGACUCAGAGCCCAGGGGCCCGACCAAAGAUCAGAGGUCCCAGCAGCAGCUUCUCCAGACGUCCACCUCAUUUGGUCGUCAAACCCUGGGGGAGAAUUUGCCCCAGCUGGAUGCCAGUAUAGCAGACAUUACCCAGUCCUCCAUGGAUUCACUCAUUGGGGGAUCAGAUCCCAACUUUUUCGCCAUGAAAACAGAAGAUUUCUCCAUGGAUAAAGACCAGGAUCCCAUUGACCUCGACCAUGCCUUGGAGCACAUUGGGAAAGAUGUGGACGUGAACCAGAAAUUGUUCAGUGACAACACACUGGAUCUGCUCCAUGAUUUCGAGCUCACCGGGUCCCCCUCAGAUUUUUAUGUAGGGGAUGAUGCCUUCCUGUCUACUCUGGCAGAUGAUUCUCUGCUUGGCGAUGUUAGCUCGGAGAGGGACAUCAAACCUGCCGUGGUUGAGAGCAGUAACGGCAGUGGCGCAGUCUCCGUUGCUCUCAAUGGCAGCAAUAUGGCAAGUCCAGAUCAAUCCAGCUCUAGCAUAUCCACAACUGCCAGCUUAACACCUACAACCACUUUGUCAGCGUUGGUGAAGAAAGAAAAGGAUGCUGGCUUCAUUCAGCUCUGCACCCCAGGUGUGAUCAAACAGGAGAAGACGUCUGCAGGCCUGAGUUAUUGCCAAAUGAGCGGCACGUCCUCCACAGACCUGCCCAGCCCUAGUCCCAUUUCCAUCUGUGGGGUCAGCACUUCAGGAGGACAGAGCUACCACUUUGGAGUCAGCCCUAGCAGCUGCAAUGAAGAUCUGCAGCAGAAGGAUCAAAAGCCAGUGUCCAACCUUUAUCUCCCUGUGACGACCAUUGGAACCUGGGCCAACAGAGGCCAAAGUGUUGUGGACAACUCGGGAAUGCACAGGGUCAGUGAGGUUUUCCCAAGCUCUCCCGGCUACCCCACCACCUUCGCCAGUUCUGCUUCCAGACCGGAAGGGGGCACCGCUUCAUCUUCGGCACAGGGAAAGAGCGGGACUCAUAAAAUCUGCCUGGUGUGCUCUGAUGAGGCUUCAGGUUGCCACUAUGGUGUGCUCACUUGCGGCAGUUGCAAGGUCUUCUUCAAGAGAGCAGUGGAAGGGCAGCAUAAUUACCUGUGCGCUGGGAGGAACGACUGCAUCAUAGACAAGAUCAGGAGGAAGAACUGCCCAGCCUGCCGCUUCCGCAAGUGUCUGAUGGCAGGCAUGAACCUGGAAGCGCGCAAAACCAAGAAGUUGAAUCGCUUAAAAGGUGUCCAGCCGAGCAACCCACCCGAGGCACUUCCCUCUCCACCAGUGGAGGCUCGCUCCCUCUUACCCAAGUGCAUGCCUCAACUCGUCCCCACGAUGCUGUCCCUGCUGAAGGCCAUCGAGCCAGACACCUUUUACGCCGGCUACGACAGCAGCCUGCCUGACACCUCCACUCGCCUCAUGACCACCCUCAACAGGCUGGGCGGCCGACAGGUCAUCUCUGCCGUCAAGUGGGCCAAGGCUCUGCCAGGUUUCAGGAACCUGCACCUGGACGACCAGAUGACCCUGCUGCAGUGCUCCUGGCUCUUCCUCAUGUCUUUCGGUCUGGGCUGGAGGUCUUACCAACAGUGCAACGGCGACAUGCUCUGUUUCGCACCAGACCUCGUUAUAAAUGAGGAGCGGAUGAAGCUGCCCUACAUGGCCGACCAGUGCGAGCAGAUGCUGAAGAUUUCCAGCGAGUUCGUGCGGCUGCAGGUUUCCCACGACGAGUACUUGUGCAUGAAGGUCCUGCUGCUGCUCAGCACAGUGCCAAAGGACGGCCUGAAGAGUCAGGCGGUGUUCGAAGAGAUUCGGAUGUCGUACAUCAAGGAGCUGGGGAAAGCCAUCGUGAAGCGCGAGGAGAACUCCAGCCAGAACUGGCAGCGUUUCUACCAGCUCACCAAGCUGUUAGACUCCAUGCAUGAGAUGGUCGGUGGACUGCUCAGCUUCUGCUUCUACACCUUUGUGAAUAAAUCCCUGAGUGUGGAGUUCCCAGAGAUGCUGGCAGAGAUCAUCAGCAACCAGUUACCAAAAUUCAAGGCCGGGAGUGUCAAAGCACUCCUGUUCCACCAGAGAUGACUCUGCCCCGUAACAGACACAAUGCCUUAAAAUCCCACCACAUCACCUCACCACCCCCACACCCCGAAGAGCGACGAUGAAAAGGACUGAGGAUCUGAGGCGAGGAGUGAAUGAUGUUUUUGGGAGCGAGUAUGCAACUUUGUAGUGGCUUACGGGUCUGUAGUGAAAGAGCGGAGAGACUGGAGGAAAUUAUGUAGGACCAGACAGCGAGCACAGAAGUUUUUGUUUCAUCGAGCAGUCUAACGGCACGUUCAGACCGGAUGCGGAAACUUUGCGAAGCGUCAAUUCUCGCGCGAGCAGGAGCCUGGCUGUUCACACCGGAUGCACAUUUCUCUGCACCGGUCAACAAACGAUCCUGCUCCUAUGCUCUUUUCUAAUCACAUUUAGAGCUGAUCUUUAUCAUUGGUAAGUAAUAACCUCGUCAAUCUUACAUUUGAUUGGCCAACGCUAGCCUUUAACCCCACACCCACCUCUCUUUGUCUGUCUGUGCGUGUGUGUGUCUGUCUGCCUGCUUGUCUCUCUCACUUUUAGACACAACUGACAAAUAUGUGCUUAUAUAUAUAUAUAUAUAUAUAUAUAUAUAUAUAU